AAAGCAGCAAGACAUUAACCUUUAACGCUUCACUCGGACCACUUUCAGUGCUGAAAAGUGGGUAAAAUGUACAAAUUUUGAGGAUUCCUGAACGCCUCAGAGACGGCUGCAGUCGCCGGAGCGUCAAGAUGGUGAAGUUCGGGCUGCAGUUUAAAGCCAACCUGGAGAACGUGACAAACGUCCGGCCGAUGGGGGAAGACUUCCGCUGGUUUCUGAAGCUGAAGUGCGGGAACUGUGGGGAGGUCCCGGACAAAUGGCAGUAUGUGACUCUACUGGAGAGCGUUCCGCUGAAAGGAGGCCGAGGGAGCGCCAGCAUGGUGCAGAAAUGCAAACUGUGUGCGAGGGAGAAUUCAAUAGAAAUUCUGAGAGACACCAUUACCCCUUAUAAUGAGUCGGACAACGAGAAAUUCAAGACAAUAGUGCAGUUUGAGUGCCGGGGCCUGGAGCCGGUCGACUUCCAACCGCAGGCUGGAUUUGCUGCAGAGGGAGCAGAGACUGGAACGCCGUUUCCUGAUGUCAACCUGCUAGAAAAAGACUGGAACGACUACGACGAUAAAGCCAAGGAGUCUGUGGGAAUCUAUGAGGUCACGCAUCGAUUCAUCAAGUGUUGACGUUCGUUCCCGUUUCUUGGCUUAUGCUCAACAAGACAUGAACCUUGUGCAUUGUUUUAAUAAAAGUGAAGAUGAUG